GCAGCUAGCUAAGGGAGCCGCACCUGGGAAGCAUCGCGUGUCUUGCCUUGGAAAUAUAAUUCAUUACUUAUUUACAACCUUAUCUUCAUUUCAGUACACUACUGAGAACAGCACAGCAUCCUGAGAUUUCUGGGUAUCUUAAAAAAAAUGGCACUGGUGAGAUGGUUGCCUGUGGCCAUGCUAUCAUUUUUCUUCAUGGUGUGCAACGGACGCUAUGACAGCGAUACUGACCUUGAGUGCAAUAAUGUAGCCGAGCACAGCGCAAGAGAUCAGCUACUCAAAACUGGCCGUGAGAUAAUCCAAGGUAUUGACACUCAAGCAGCAGAGCACAUGCAGAAACAUCACCUGGAGAGCCUCUUUAACCGAUAUGGAGAGAACGGCAGCAUGUCCAUUGAAGGGUUGAAAAAGCUUCUGGAGAGCAUAGGGUUAGACAGGAUUAAAAAGGUGUCAGUUCGGGAUCGGCACUUCGAGAAAGAGCAUGAGGGUCAUCAUCAGCAAGGUCAUAACCACCAUGCGCACCACCACCUACACCUCCAUCACCACCCCUACCAGCACAAAAUGCCCGCCAGCAAAAAAGAUGCAGAGACCCCCAAAAUUAUAAAGAACAACUUAACAGUAAGCAAGAAAACUGAAGAUUCCAACAGCCAACACAACCUUUAUGCAAAGAAAGUGAUUAAUGAAAUCAGCACCACCCCUGUGUACACAACCAACAUUUUGUUGAAGUCCAGUGAGAGGCGGAAUAGAAGAAGCGUAGACCAUCCCAGCGAUGGAGCAGGUCUUUCCACAACUGCUGGGACCGGCUUUGCCAAACAUGAUGUCCUGGAGACCACAAAGCUUAGUCCAGUUAGCAAUUUGUUAGUUCCAGGGGAACACGGUGAGCCUGCUGAAAGUGAAAAAGAGGAGUACAUGCAUACAGAUGAUCAUGAUAACCAUGAACAUCUUGAACAAGAGUGUUUAAAUGCCUCUAGGAUACUGUCAUCUCAUGGGAUGAAUAUGGAAACAGUUCUUACGCAUGUGGAGUUCAGUUACCUCUGCCCAGCACUUCUAAACCAGAUUGACAGCAAGUCCUGCAUACAACACACAGCUUAUCUCAAGAAACCAGGUGGUCAUUCACAUGAUGGUCACGAAGCUGAUCACAAAAAUUCAGACAAUUUUCAAAAAGCUCAUUCAGUUGAAGCAGCUUGGAUUGGUGGGUUUGUGUCGAUCACAAUUAUAAGCCUAUUGUCGCUUGUGGGAGUGAUUUUGAUCCCUCUGAUAAACCAGGUAUUUUUCAAAUUCCUGCUAAGUUUCUUGGUGGCGCUGGCAGUGGGAACUUUGAGUGGAGAUGCUUUCCUGCAUCUUAUUCCUCAUUCGCAAGGAUCACAUAAUCACAACCACAGCGCUCACCCAGGGAAUGCCAGUGAUCAUCACCACCGUCAUGCUGAGGGAGAAGGAGAGAAGGGGGUUCUCGACUCUGUGUGGAAAGGCCUAACUGCCCUUGGAGGGGUCUACUUCAUGUUCCUAAUAGAGCAUUUCAUCACAUUAGGAAAGAUGUAUAAAGACAAGAAACAGAAGAAUCAGAAGAAAUUGGAUCACACUGAAGAAAGUCUUGAUGUUGAUGACAAGCAGCCGUCUAAAGAAGAGAGUCAAAAUAUAAAACAAAAUGAUGAUCUAGAGGGUGAAAUAGAGAGCAAUAUGAAGGACCUGUCCCAAUUCGCCCCUCAGCAGCCACCAGAUACCCCAGAAGAGGAGGAGGUGAUGCUGGCCCCUGCGCUAUCCCAGGACGGCUAUAACGAGUACACAGCCCAAGGCUGUGAGAACAAAUGCCACUCUCACUUCCACGACACCAUUGGCCAGGCGGACGAUCUGCAUCAUCACCACCACGAUUAUCACCACAUCCUGCACCACCACCAUUCCCAGAACCACCACCCCCACAGCCACAGCCACCACUAUUCCCGGGAGCAGUUCAAAGGGGCAGGCAUAGCCACCCUGGCAUGGAUGGUGAUCAUGGGGGAUGGGCUGCACAAUUUCAGUGACGGCCUAGCCAUAGGGGCUGCUUUCACAGAAGGGAUAUCAAGUGGACUGAGCACAUCUGUUGCUGUUUUCUGUCAUGAGUUACCUCAUGAGCUGGGGGAUUUUGCUGUACUUCUCAAAGCUGGCAUGACUGUAAAGCAGGCCAUUCUGUACAACAUGCUUUCAGCAAUGAUGGCAUACCUGGGCAUGAUAACUGGGAUACUCAUCGGCCAUUAUGCUGAAAAUAUAUCUAUGUGGAUAUUUGCCUUAACAGCUGGGUUGUUUAUGUAUGUGGCUCUGGUGGAUAUGGUGCCCGAAAUGCUGCACAAUGAUGCUGGCGAUCAUGGCUUUAGCCACUGUGGCUACUUCCUGUUGCAGAAUGCUGGAAUUCUACUGGGGUUCAGCAUCAUGCUUGUCAUUGCCAUAUUUGAAGACAAAAUUUUGUUGGACAUUAAACUGUGAUGCAGUACAUUUAGUCUUGUUACUCCAAAGCCAUUGCUACAUAAGCCAACAACAGUAAAACUUCUGAUGCUUAUAUUUGUUUCUACCUUGAAUGCUUUUACUUAUAAGGGAGUUUUGUGUUGCUAACUGUAAAGUGACUUAUUUUCGUAUUGUUACGAAUACUGCCUAAUACAGAAUUGUCUGUAGUGUUCAUGUUACAUUCUGUACUAUGUUAUAAUGGCAUUUUCUCUUUGCUUUAAGUGUGUGCUGGUAGUGUAAUGUAUUAGUUAAUGCUCACCAAUAGACUUGUGUCACAAGCAGUUUUACAUUUUGUUACAAAAAACAAUGACGUUUAUAGAUAUGAAGAGUGCUCUGUGGUGCAAGAGAAAAAGAAAAAUGUAAUACUGGUGUGUUAUACCAAGGUUGAAAUUCCCUGUACCAAACUUUGGUUUAACACUUCAGAAAAUGCCUUUUGCGUAAUUAGAAUAUACCCCCAGUUGGUGAUAUAAGAUGUAAGCACAUAAGUUAAAAUGUGUCCUUGUUUUCAGCGAUAAUAUUAAUAUAUUUAAAAGUAUUUGAAUACUUAGGAAAUUUGUUUUAAAAGACAGUAUAGUCACUUAUCAAUGGAAGCACAUCUCUUUACAUAAUUUUCAUACUUAAACAGUAAAAGUAGUGGGGUUCCGAAAAAUAUAGUGUUUUACGUCCCCACUUGUUGCUACAACUGCUUAAAUAAUGCAACUGUUUUUUUUUUUUUAAUUUUCAUUGUUAAUAAUCUGACAACCUUUUACGCUUCUAAAUUCUGUUUCAGAGCUCUUUUCAAAAUUGCCACUCUAGUGCACUGUAAGGACUAUUGCCCACAUUGUCAAACAGGUAACACAGCAAUAAUGAUCCAUGAUGUGGUACGGAUCAGAAAAGCCGGAGCACUUGUUUAAAAUUUUUGUAAAAUAAUGAAUUGCUCUUUCUGCAGUAAUUUCGAGCAGUGGUGCGCGCUUUUAAUAUGAAGCCCCCUUUUCUUAGCAUACAUUUUGUUGCGCCCCCCAUGAAACUGAUAUUAAAACGUUAGAACGUAACUAUAUUUUAAGUUUUUUUUUUUUUUUUUUAAAUUUAGGAUUUAAUGUAAAUCACAUAUUUUGUCCUAGAUUUAACCACAAAAAGUCCAAUAUUCCAUGAAUAAUGCAGUUUGCUCAGAAUUCCCUCUGUGGUCUGGUAGUCUUCAGACUUCAAUAUCCCAGCGGUGGACGGUGUUGUGUUGUGGUCAUUUCCAAUAGCCUAAAUAAUAAAUCAGCACAAGAAAUAUUCUAUUUCCUUCAGUUCAGGUACCUCAUACACAAUAGUGAAGAUGGUUUGUGAACUUUUUUUUUAAUCUCAACAUUUUUUAAACAUGUACAGAAUAAAAGUAUGGACCACUUGGUUUUUUUUAAUUAGGUGCUCAGUUUUUGGAGUUUAAGCAGUGGUGGCUCCUUGAGGUAUGCAAGGGAGGUACUGCCACCUCGAAAAUUUAAGCAAAAAAUAAAUUUAAAAAUCAGAUACUGAAUGAUCACAUACGUUUACUUUUAUUUGCAUAAAUAUUACUUAUUUUGCACACAAGAAGCUCCACGAAGGGAGUUGAGCGCAAUAUCAGUUGAUGGAAAAUCUGGCUUCUCUGUGCUAGAGGAGCGGAGGACAAAGUAGAUUUUACCUACUCCUGAAGUGAUUAGCCAAUCAUAUUCCUUCUACUUUUAUCUUGCAAUGUUAUAAAUGUUAAAAAAACACAGCAAAAGAAGACAGGAGGCGAGUCUCUUCCACUCUGUCUGCCACUCAUUGGUCUCACUCUGCCUGAACUCCAGUGUGUGUUGAUUUGUGUGGAAGGUGGCAGUAGAGAAAACGAGAAGUGAACGGUGAUACCGGUAACUCUUGUUUUCGUUUUUUUUUAAUAAGUUAAAAAAAAAAAAAAAAAAAAAAAACAUAACCAAGCAUACAGGUGUGUAAAGUGCUUUAUUUCAAAUGUUCAGCACUUGGUUUUCUGCCAUAAUUUAAAGUCUGAUAGAUAAUGCCAUGACAAGUAAACUUGUUGGUUGGCAGUGAAUUAGACCAAUUACAUUUUUUUUAUUAUUAUUUAUUUAUUUUGUUUAUCAUAAUCGUCCUCUUGGGGAUUUUUUAUUUUUUUAUAUAAUGGGCAUAGUACUGUCUUUAUUAUUAUUGUUAUGAUGAUGAUUAUGAUAUGGUGUAGGUACUAUUGUCUGGUUUGAUGAUUGCAUAUUCAGUUGUUAGCGCUUUGCUUUGUUGGUGUAUCGUAUGGUAAACAAAAAUAAGUGUUUAAGUAAAUUGCAGCAUUUGUAUUUAAUAGCAUCUUUUCAAAUGUAAUAGCGAAAAAGUCGGACCAUUUUAAUUGCCAUCUAAAGUCAGUUGUUUUAAUUUAAGAAAAUUCCAGUUGACCAAAAAAAAAAACAAAUCCAGGACAUUAGUUCCGCUUCAUUCAGAAAUCCCUGUUUAAAAAAUGAAGAAAAAAAUAAUAAUAAUAAUAAUAAUAAAGUUCAAUUUUAAUGUUAGUUUUAAAUGUGUCAUCAACUUUAGUUACAUGUUUUCAGUAAAAAAAAAAAACAAAAAAAAACGAUUGUACACAAGUACACAAACGAUUGACUACAAGUCCACCAGCGAAAAAAACAUGUUCUGAGGGCUGUACUUGCACACUCUCAAUAGCAUUUCUCUAUGCGUGCGGUUAUAGUGUGCUUCAGAGAUACACAGUGUUUCCUGCUUCACAAAAGCCAUUAAUUUGAGAAAUCCUGCACCUUCAACAAAACUAAUUGGCAGCAUGUCUUCAGUUACCAUGGUGCACAAAAGCUCAUUUAAUUUCUCGUUCCAGGUUGUGCCGUAACUAUGUAAUUUUCAGAAACAAAUGUUUGCUUACUGUCAUCUUUAUUUCCUGUUGAAACACACGGUUGCUUAAGUUUCAGAUGAUUUAGUAUUGUUCUAGUGCUGUUUGCAUAAGUAAGUUCUGCAUUACAUAAUUUACAUUUAACACUUUUCUUUAACUUUUUUGAAAUUAUUCCACAGAGUUCCUUUUCAAACUGUCACAAGUGACCCUAAAAUCCCUUCUCUUGUAUAAAGUACUAGCUCCUCUCUAACGGAAGGCCUAUGAUGCAGAAGUAUAGGGCCCUUCGAUAGAACCAUCUUCACUUCUUUGGGGGUUCUCCACUGAUGCUGGAAAUGAAAGUGAGGCAUGGGAACCCAUUGAUAUGAAAAAUACUGAAUUCUGGCCAACUCAGAUAUAUUGGAUGGAAGCUAUACCUAAUAAAAUAGCCAUUUUGUGAUCAAGUUGUAGUACAUUAAGAUAAUCAUUUUCAGUCCAGAAGUAAUCCUCCCUGUGGAAGACUCUGAAGAGAGGGAAAGACAGACACAUACUUAACUUACAGUGUGGGUGUCAUAAGUGUAGAACUAGGCUGACUCAACCAGGACCAAAAACAUGCCCUGCUUGCACACACAUGGUCAAACAUUGUAAAAUUAUUAUUUUUAUAUUAUUAUUAUUAGUUUAUUUAGCAGGCACCUUUAUCCAAGGUGACUUACAGAGA